AUGGCAGACGUUUCUAGCCUAAGAAGACUUGCUGAUGCUCUGAAGUUGCUGUAUGGAGCCGAAGCCAAAGAAUGGACUGCAGAUAAUGUUAUCAGUUUGGUGGAUGAACUGUCAGGUAGACAUCUUUUUGAGCACAAUAAAGACAAGACUAACAGGUAGGGCUGGUGGGAGUAACAUGGCAGAGAGACUAAUGACCCACUCUGUAACUAGUAUACAGGGGAUUUUGAGCCCCCCCAGUACAAUUUUUCUGCUGAUUAUAUACAAAGGGAGUUAUGUGGGUGGAUGGCUAUUAUCAGCCUGUCAGAAAAAAAGUAACAUUGUUGCGUUGAGCAGGGCCAGUUGCCUGCAUGGUUAUAAAAAUUAAAGACGUUAAAAAUAAGUAAUAUUCAAAUUUAAAAAGUGAAAAUAUUUCUAAUGUGAAAUACCCAACUGUAUUUUGCACUCUGCAAGCCUUGGUGCUCAGAGUCUGUAUGUAAGAGUUAAAGGCCGUUGCUGCUGGUGGAAGUGUAACUCCAGCUCUGACAGCAUCAUUAACAAGCCCGGUACAUGCACAUUCAGCCGAUGACAUCAGAAGAGGGAGGAGAGUCCCCGGCGCUGGAGAAAGGUGAGUGUUUAACCCCCUUCAGCGCCACGGGAGUGGGACCCUGAGGGUGUUGGCACCCUCAGGGCACUAUAGUGCCAGGAAAACGAGAUGGUUUUCCUGGCACUAUAGUGGUCCUUUAAGAAGAAAUGAAAAGUAACAAACAAUGUGUAUUUAUUAUGCGUAUUUAUUAAAAUAAAUAUAUAGAUUGUGUUACUCUCACUGUUUGAUGUGGAUGAUGACAAUACAAUGUUUAAUGCCAAGAUAAUUUGAAGUGGGGAGGCAGUGUGUUAUAUGUGGGUGAUGCUUGUAUGUGGGAAGAGCACGAAUGGGUCAUUGAUAUUUAAUUACCCAGAGGAAAUACAUACCAUUAUAUAUAAAUUCUCUGACAACCCCCUCUAUUAUGUCCAGCAUCAUUUCUCCUACAGCAUACCAGCACUCUAACUUUCAGGUAUAAAAAAAAAUCACUUACAAUCGCAUUGUAAUUGUAGCCAAUUUAUAGCUUGAUACUGGAGACAGGAUGUCUCCCAACCUCUCCACCUCAGGUAUACCAAAAUGGAGAGAUCAAAAUGGUGGAGCAAUCUAUAAUAUAUUCCCAAAUCAGAAUUCUGACAUACAAAAGUAUGUGGGCACAAUGGUGGGUUUUUGCCUAUUCAGUAGAAUUCCUGCAUUUGCUUGUGUAACCUUAGUAAAGAGGUGUUGGUGUCCUUGUUAGAUCACCACCUCUGUGGUGUCCUUGAUAGGUCAGCACCUCCCUUUUUAGUCCAUGGCCACAAGGCUUGUAAUGUUUUUUAUAAGUAUUCCUCUGUACAUUUCUUUUGGUGCUCCCUUAUGCUACCCUUAAAAGAAAGUCCACUCAAGUACCUCCUUUUUUUCCAACUUACGUCUGGAUACAUUGCAGAUUUCUGAGAUCACUAAUUUAAAGAGACAUUCCACUUCCCAAAUACAGAAUAAACAAAAAUCACAGUUUAGUAGAUAUACCCCCAAUGAAAACAUGCACACAUUUAAUUAUGCAUUUUUUUCAUUGGGGUUAUAUCUAAAAACUGCAAAGCUUGCAAAACAACAUUUCUCUUGUCUGCUGCCUUUGCAAGCCCUUCCCUUCUAACCCCGCCCAGACUUUCUGUGGCCGUCCAGUCACAGCUUCCCAAUGCAGCUCAAUGAAAAGUCUUUGCAAUGCAGGUGCUCUAGUCAGUUAUUUAAUACUGUAUUUUAUUGAAAAUCAAUAAAAUAGUUAUACACAAAAAAUCCCUUUUCAUCUGCACUAGACAUUUUUUUUUUUUUACAAAUUCCCGUUAUGACAACCUCCUCCAUUCUGAUAUAAAAGUUGCUACCACUAGGACAAUUUACAAAUGACAAAAGUAAUUAUUAUGAACAAAACUAGUCACUGUGUACAAUUAAUAGAUAUCACAAAUACAAAACAAAUCACACCAAGGAAACAGGUGAAAUAAAAGGAGAAAUUAUUACCAGAAAUUCUUGAUACUUUUCCCAGAGAAUUAUUGAUGUUUUCUGGCUCUGAAGCUUUUUGUGAAGGAAAAGAUAAUACAGUUCAAGUGGUUGUUAUUGUUGUCUCAAAUUGAAUUACAAAGUUCCUAGGUAUCAUUAGAUAUUUUAUUCAGUAUUUUUCCUCUCGGGUUGCUAUGGCUGCAUUCCUAAGGAGGGGUAGUGUGUUGUAGAUAUCUCACUUUAAUGAGAUGUAUUUAAUGGAUCCCAAGUGUGGCCAAAAAUAUACAAUACAAUGUAUUUUUGUACACAUGCUUCUGGUUUUAAUGUAGCUGGGUCUACUUAUCUCUGGGAAUCUAGACAUUAAAUUUAAUGCCAAACAUGACAUGAGUUUCAUAAAUAAUUUUCUAGAAAUAGCACAUAGUAUGUGAAUAACUCUAAGAAUUAGCCUCUUAAUCAUGAUCACGAUAAGCCUAUAGAUCAUGACAGGGGAUGGUACAGACUAAUCUAUAGUGAAGGGUGCUAGGGAGACUGAUUUACAGAGGAGAGGACUGGGGAGAGGAAUCUAUAAUGAAGAAAACUGGGGAGAGAGUUUUAUAAUGGAGACUCUACAGUGGGGGUCGAUAUGGAAGAGUUGGGUCUUUGGCUUUAAAAAAAAAAAAAGUCUGUAAGGACGGUGCCUCUCUGAUUGUGCACUGUAAAUGGUUCCAUAAGGAAUGGUCAGCAUGGCUGAAUGCACUGGAACCUGAGUCUUUAUUCUUGGCACUGACAGGAAGGAUUUGCUGGCUUACCAAAGUGAACCCGAUGGAAUGUAAGGUGUCAGGAUCUCUUUCAGGUACUGUGGGCCUUGAUUGUUUAAAGCUUUGAAGGUUAGCAGGCCAAUUUUAAAAUAUGCUAGCCAUUUUAUUGAAAGCCAAUGCAGGGAGUGGAGAACAGGUGUUAUGUGGCAGUAGCGUGUUUGAUUGCUCAGUAGUCUGGCUGCUGCAUUUUGUAUAGUCUGAAGGCGAUAGAGAUCUUUUUCUGUGAGGCCCAAGUAAAGUACAUUGCAGUAAUCUAGCCGAGAGGAUACGAAUGCAUGGAUUAAUGUUGGCAUAUCAUCUGGUGGAAUUACGUGUUGUAUCCUGGUUAUGUUUUUCAAAAGAAAGUAGGCUGAUUUCUAUUACGGAGGAAAUCUGCUGUUUAAAUGAUAGUCCAGAGUCAAUCAGCACUCCGAGGUUUUGUACCUUAGAUAAACUGAUGAGUUCAGAGCCUCCAAGUUCCAGGCCAGUUGGGUGAUCAUGGAAUAUUUUUGUUCGGGGUCCCCGCACCAAGAGUAACUCUGUUUUGUCCGGGUUAACUUUAAGCCAACUAGCAUUCAUCCAUUCUAUGAGGUCUGCUAAGCUACUGUUGAUGCGGCAUGUUGGGUAUGUUGUAUCUGUAGCAAAGGAGAAUUAGAGUUGUGUGUCAUCAACGUAACAAUGAUACUUUAGGCCAUGUCUCCUAAUGAUGUCCCCCAGUGGUAGCAAGUAAAUUGCGAAUAGCAUGGGAGACAAGAUGGAUUAUUGUGGAACUCUGCAGACCAGUUCUGUUGGUGCUGAUGAGCUUGAUCCUGAUGAUACUCUGUGUGAUCUACCAGUGAGGAGAGAUUUAAAUAAUAAUAUAUGACACCGCUCUCAAAUUUUAGAUGCCAAAGAAACUAAAUGUUUAUUACGUAAUUAUAACAGGUUGUAUAGAAAUAACCCUUUCACUCAAUAUAAACACUAUCACAUAAAUAAUAUACAAGGCAAGUUUGCAUAUCAAAAGUUAGCCAAGUCACAAAAAACUUGGUAUCUGAACUUUUUAAACACAAAGAACAGUGAUUAAAGUAUGCUUCCAUAAUCACUUGGUGUACACCUCUUAAUUUAUAUUAGAAUUGUCUGGGAUAUCUAUUAACAAAUAUCAAAAGACCUAUGAAAAAAUGGCCAAAAAAUUAAAAAGCAGUAAAAAAUAAACAAUUGUGAAAAAGAAAAAAUAUAUCAUAUGAAGUCAAACAGUGUCCCAAAGUUCAUACUAGUUGGUCCUAGUGUGUACACACUUCUAAUACAACAAAAGGUAAAAAAUAAAAAAACGAGAAAAAAAAACCCAGAGCUCUUUAUCCAUAUGCUUUGAUAAAGGGGUAAUCCCCAAAAGGACAGCUCUCACCUGGUUGAAGAUCGUUUGUUGUAUGUAAACUGAUAAAGCUAUGAUGUUGGCAAUGCUUGUGUAGAGCUGUAGUAUCCGAAAUGUCUGUGAUAUGAAGCUGUUGGUGAGGGAUGCCUGGGCUGCGUGCUUGGGACCUUGUCUGUCCCUUCGAAGGCCCUGGUUCAAUUAAAAACAUUAACGGCUUUUAUUGCUUGUAUUUGUGGUGCGCCCACCAUUUUCGCGUGUCGCGCCUAUGUGACGUCAUUCUCAGUGUAUGCAUGUGCGCUUCCAAUAUCCAUAUUUUCAGACCAGAGUGCAUCACCAUAAUUGUCCGUACGUGCAGGCGCACUCAGAAUGAUGUGUAUCAAUACACUGUCCCUGUUGUAUAGAAGCUUCAAGCAACUUUAUUUAUAAUUAAACUAUAUACAUAUAUAUAUAUUAUCAUGACAAUCAAUUCCAAUGUGUAAAUUGUUUUAUAUUCAAUCAUCUGGGAGAAUGAGGUUAUUAGUUUGGUACAAUUAUAAAUGUUCUCAAUGCAAAAGGUUAUUUUGGAAACUCUAUCUUAAUAAGAUGUUCCUAUGAGUAUUUUUUGGGACUACUUAGUUACAAUUAUUAUCUUGGUAGUAGCAGCUAGUGGCACUAGUAAGAGUUCUAUUAUUAGAAUCAGCCAGAUUGUCUAGCUAGUGACCUUAGUGUUAGGCUGCCUCGAAGCAGCAGUGUUUCUACAAUUAUUCUUUUCAAAGUGAUUUUUUGUGUUUUCAAUCUUUCAAUCUUUCUGGGGGGGUACCUCUGUAUAUAUAUACAUAGGGAUUGAUUUAUUAAUCCACCUUACUACUAUUAUGAGAUAUCUGUUCUCUAACCCCCAGGAUUAUUUUGUUCAACCAUUUUUCUAAACCUAUUUAUAUAUCUGCGCUCUAUUUGGUCUAUUGAGACGUUAUAAUUAUCUAUACUACUCCAUCUAAACUUUAAACACUAAGUAGCAUACUCUACAUAUACUGCCUCUCAGCUGUUCUUUAGACUCUAUUUCAUUUUGUAACACUUUAGAUCAAAUUUAUGUUAGAUUGACGAUACACUAUGUAUCUAAGUCUAAUUUAUAUACUUUUGAAAAUAUAUUAGAGUCUAUGGUACUUUAUGUGGAAUUACCUCUAUAGAAUUUAAUAGGGAUAUCUUUAGAUCCCUGUAGAUUUUUCCUCUAGAGAACUGGCUCUGUGGUGUUUGACUGGACAUAUAUUAUACUAUACAUUGUACUUCUUACUACAAACACUCAGUGUAGAUACCCUUAGCCACUCUAUUAUCUUUUGAGGAUAUCCAUAUGGCAUCUACCCAGUUUUUAUUUCACUUGUUUUUUUUUUUUUUCACGAGUGUUUCACUAUUAUCACAUUUAACUCUUUGUGUGUUGCCCUAAGACGGCGUAAUAAAGGUUAUACCUAAUAAUUAUUGUAAUAUAUUUGAGAUAUCAUUUGGUGAAAUGGGUGUCCAGUUUUUCCAUCUUUAGUGGAACAACCAUCUCACUCUAGUUCAUGUUCCUAUGAGUAUUAAGGGGAAAGGCAAAAUAAAUAUAUGUCAAUGUAAGUAAAUAAUCUAUAUAUAGGAGAUCUUGAUUAAAGAUACACCCUACUGAAAUGCUACUUGUGCAUUAAGGAAAACUCUACCAAAAAGGAACUACAAAUAUUUUUGGAUGAGAUGUAUAUAACACAUCAGAGUAAGUACAUAUAUUUAUAUAUAUGCGCUUUAUAAUCAUUUAUAAUAGCGUUAAUUGUAAUUUCAUAUUUAUAACAAAUGUAACUUAGACCCCAAAUACCAAGUGUAGCGGAGAGCUGAUUUCCCACAGCCUAUUUCUGCUGGUAAUCCCAGAAUGGCUCAGGAACAAGUAGUAAAUCCAAUAGAGUAGCAGGCACAAACAGUAAGAGGGCCCUGCUGAUGAGCUUAGAUGCUAGAGGGAGUGGGUUUUAGUGACACAAAAGGUAAGGGUAGGGUAGAAAAGUAGGUUGCUAGGCUAGUGUUCAUUUAGGGCUUAGUUUUUAGUUUUGAUGACAGUUGCAGUAGAGGAUUUAGGGUGCAGGGAGAGAAAGCCGUUCACAGUUUAAUUGAUAUGCUUUCCUAAAGAAGUAAGUUUUCAAAGAUUUUUUUGAAGGAUUGGAGACUGGGUGAAAAUCUAACAGAGAGGAGAAUGGUGUUCCAUAGGAAUGGUGCAGCCCUAAAGAAGUCUUUAAGGCAAACAUCAGAGUCAUGUAUAUGGUCAUCAAUUAUGACACCAUUAUUGACAAGUACCCUUGAAAUAAAAUUAACUUAUGUUGAAACAUUUGUUGUUUGGAAUUAUCACGUGUUUGAGGUACUUAUAUGUUUCUUUUCCUAAAUCAGUGAUUCCCCAAGAAUGGCUUUUGGAGAACAAUGCACGCCUUCUUAUUCUCAGUGGGAAUGGUAUUUGUUUUGCAUUCAUGGCCUGCAAAGCAGUGAAUGGAAACACAGUUGACUUGGCCAGAACGGUGGUUUUCCUUGCUUUGGUAAGUAUUCACAAGGACAACAUGUACCUGUGAUUUAGGAGUUUAACGUUAGUGAAUUGUGACUGGUUGCCAACUGGCCUGCAUAGGUCUUCUUAGCAGGAAAAAACACCAUAGCAUUCGUUGCAGAAAAAAACCCAAAAUGCAUUUUGUAGAAAAUAAUUUUUUUUUUUUUUUUCUUGCGUAAAGACUUACAGAGGUAUGCCACCAAUACAAUCCAAUAAAAGUGCAGCUUUUAUCACCACUCAUACUGGAUAGAGAAAUUCUGGUCACACGUAUCAACUUAACAAUUCACAAAUGAGAGGCCUCCAGAAACUUUAUCCAAAAGAAUUGCAAAAAGAACACAAAACUUUGCAAAACUAUGUUUCAUUUGUUGAUAACAGUUUUUCAAAAAGAUUGCCAUUUGUUACACCUUGUUGGUAAUGUCUACUGACAGGGACAGACUGACAGCAGUCAACCCCUAGGCAAAAUUAGGCCCUUGGCCUCCUCAAUGUCCACUAUACCUGCUUUUAAGGGGCACUAUGAACUGGAGUUCUAUUAUAUACUUGUAUAUCUAUGUGUAAACAUGUUUGUAUGUAGAUGUAUACUUGGCUGUUUGUGUAUGUGUGUUUGUCAAUGUGAGCACAGCUGUAUUUUUCUGUCAUUGAAGAGCACAGUUGUAUGUCUGUCUGCUAUGCUAAGUUCAAGUAUGAAAUGCAAAAGAAUAAUAAGCGCUCUCUUCUCAGGGGUGAGCAGCAGUUCACCAACAAGGUGUUCCUCUACCUUGUGAUAAAUAGACAGAUAAAAUAGAAAGGUGAACAGCGCUAAAAAUCAGAAAAUGUACAUACGUUUUGUAGAAAUACUGGCCAGCAGAGUAAACUUUGAGGAGCUAUAUCAGCUCGGUGUUAAGAGCCUGGACGGAAUCAUCCCCGUCUAUGGAUUUCUUGAGGUUCAAGACCGUUGGUGAAUUUAUAGGUGUAAAUAUUCGUUACAUGAAAAACAAAAGUGAAACUUUUGAGAAAGCUUCGGUGAAACGCGUCAAGUGAGGAAGAAUUUUGGACUUUUAUACAGGACUGGUUUUAUAGUUUAUUAUUCACUUUUUACCUAUUGUAUUAAAGUAUAUAUAUUUUUUAAACUAUCCAGUCAUUCCUUUUGUCCUCCUUCCUAUCCAAUACUGCUUUGCUGCUAUACCUGGGUCCACUAUAUCCCAAGGUGGGGAUUAUUCCACCUGAAAUUCUUCAAACUAGAGCAGGUCAUUGCUCUAGUAUAUGUAAGUAGGAUCAUCCACUUUUUUUUCACAAUAUUUUAUAUUUACGUACUAUACCAUGUGGUGUAUUUUACUCUUGUUUUUCAUGUAACGAAUAUUUACACCUAUAAAUUCACCAACGGUCUUGAACCUCAAGAAAUCCAUAGACGGGAUUAUUCCGUCCAGGCUCUUAACACCGAGCUGAUAUAGCUCCUCAAAGUGUGAGUGUGAAUAUAACACCUUUGUUCUUGUGGAAUUAUAUCGUUCAUACAUACUGUACCAUUAUUUGUAUUUUUGUUUCUCUUUUUUUUAAGUUACUCUGCUGGCCAGUAUUUCUACAAAACGUAUGUACAUUUUCUGAUUUUUAGCGCUGUUCACCUUUCUAUUUUAUAAGUUCAAGUAUGAGUGUAUAUGUUGUAUUUGUAUGUCAGUGGUAGAGCAUGGCUGGAUGUGUUUGUAUACAAUUUGUUUUGAGUAUCCUUGUGUAUGUAUGUAUGUAUAUAUAUACAUACUGAUGAAACACAACAUUAAAACCACUGAUGUGAAGUGAAUAACAUUGAUUAUAUUAUUAUAAUGGCACCUCUCAAGGGGCGGGACAUAUUAGGCAGCAAGUGAACAGUCAUUCUUGUCAAGAGCUGGAAGCAGAUGAAAUGGGCUAGCGAAAAGAUCUAAGUGACUUUGACAAGGGCCGAAUAGGGAUGGCUAGACAACUGGGUCAGAGCAUCUCCAAAAUGGCAAGUCUUGUGGGGUGUUCCUGGUAUGCAGUGGUUAGUACCCACCAAAAGUGUUAUUAUUAUUAUUAUUAUUAUUAUUAAUAUUUAAAAGCGCCAACAAAUUCUGCAGUGCUGUACAAUGGGUGAACUAACAGACACCCAGACGAGUUGGACCCACAGGAACAGAAGUAUUGCUCAUUCAGUUACAUGCUAGAUGCAGUGGGGUAUAAGGGUAGGGUUGAAAAGUAGGUUGCUAGGAUAAUAUUCACUAAGUGCUUAGUGUUGUUUUAAUGGCAGUUUCAGGAGAAGAAUCAGGGUGCGGGGAGGGACUGUUGACAGUUUAAUUGAUAUGCUUUCAUGAAGAAGUAAGUUUUCAAAGAUUUUUUGAAGGAGUGGAGACUGGGUGAAAGUCUAAUAGAGAGGGGAAGGGUGUUCCAUAGGAAUGGCCAGACUGUAGGAGCGCAGCAUAAGCCCUAGAGAAGUCUUUAACAUGAGCAUCAGAGGCGGGAGUACGAACGGAAGUUAGACGUAGGUCUUCAGCACAGCAUAGGAGCCUAGAUGGGACAUAUUUGUGUAUUAGUGAGGAUAGGUAGGUUGGAGCAGCAUCGUGUAGAGAUUUGUAAGUAAGCAUCAGGAUCUUAAAUGUAGCCCUAUGUCUCACGGAAAUCAAUGUAGGGACUGACAGAGGUGGGAGGCGCGGGAAGUGCGAGUGGACAAAAAAAUGAGCCUGAGAAGCAGAUUACAGUAGUCAAUGCGAGAGAGGACAGCAGCAUGGACAGGAACCUUAGCCGUAUCAGGCGUUAAAUAGGGGAGGAUGUGUGCUAUGUUUUUGAGAUGAAAGCGCCAGGAUUUGGCAAUUGGUUGGACAUGAGUGGUGAAGGAGAGUUCGAAGUCAAAGAGAACACCUAGGCAGCGAGUGUGAGGUAGAGCUAAUGAGAGCACCAUUGACCUGGAGGAAAACAGACAAGGGAGUAGCAACGCUUGAGGGAGGGAAGACCAGAACUUCUGUUUUGGACAGGUUAAGUUUUCGAAAUGAGCAGCCAUCCAGUUGGAAAUAGCAGACAGGCAGUUAGAGACACAAGUCAAGAGGGGUGGUGAGAAAUUAUGGGAGGACAGGUAAAUUUGCCUGUUUUCCGCAUAGAAAUGAUACUGGAAGGAGCUGAUGAAUUUAACAAGGGAGGCAGUAUAGAUUCAGAACAAUAGGGGACCACCAACAGAGAGGGAUUGGGAAGGAGAGGCAGAGCCAGAGAAAGAAACACUAAAUGAGCGCUGGGAGAGGUUGGAAGAGCACUAGGAGAGAGUGGUAUCUCGUAGACCGAAAUUACAGAGGAUGCUGUUUAUGAUCAACAGUGUCAAAAGCAGCAGAAAGGUCAAGGAGAAUUUGGAUAGAGUAGUGGCCACGGGAUAUUACAGUGAUAAGAUCAUUAGAUACUUUGGUCACAGCUGUUUCAACAGAGUGACAAGCCUAGAAACAAGAAUGAAGCGGGUCAAGAAAAGAGUUGGAUUCGAAGUCUGUCAAUCUCGAAUACACAACUCUCUGAAGAUUCUUGGAGUCAAAUCUUAGUAGCGAGAUAAGGCGGUACUUGGACGGGGAUUUAGGUUCAGGUUGGGCUUUUUCAGAAUCGGGGUUACAGUUGCAUAUUUGAAAGGUAGAGGAAAUAUGCCAGAGUAGAAGGAGAAAUGUAAAAUUUAACUGAGAGGCAGAGCAAGAGAAGUAGACAAAGUGCGGAUGAUAUACGAAGGAAUAGGAUUCAGGGAACAGGUGGUAUGGCGAGAGGACCAUAGCAGAUCAGAAACCUUUUCUGCUGUAGUGGGUGCAAAUGAGCAUAGCACAGCAGAGGGAUUGUGGUUGGGGUGGAAAUUGGUAGGGGAUGGAGAGAGAUGAGAGAUUUCUUUCCUGAUUGUAAAAAUCUUCUCAGUGAAAUGAGUUGCAAAGUUUUAUGGCAGUCAAGUUGGUCGGAGGAGGAGGCACAACAGAGUGAAGAAGUGAGUUAAAAACAUGAAAAAGUCAUUUGGGUUCGCAGGAGAAUGUGGUUAUCAGCAUAUUGAAGUAGGUUUUUUUGCAGAGGAAAGAGCCAGACUGUAGGAGCGCAGCAUAAAUUUAUCGUGGAGAAAGUCAGACACAAAGUAAGACUUUCUCCAGCAGCGUUCGGGUCAGCUUGGUGUGCCAGAGUUGUAAUUGGGGGCGCUUGCUGCUUUUAAAUGUAGGGGAUAUUACGUCUAGUUGAGAGGAGAGAGUGGAGUUGUAGAGGGAGGUUGCAUUGUUUAUGCAGGUGGGGUUUGAGAUGGGUGAAAGAAAGGACAACUGGUGAACUGGGAUCAGGGUCAUAUGUGCCUGAGGUUCAUUGAUUCACAUUGGGAAGGUAGGCUAGUCCGUCUGGUCUGAUCACCUAGAAAAGUUAUUGUAUCUUAAAUUGCUAAACAAAACUUAAUGCUGGCCAUGUCAUAACACAUGGUGCAUCACAGUUUGUUGCGUAAGGGGCUGCAUAGCCGCAGACACGUCAGCGUGCCCAUAAUGAACCCUGUCCACUGCUGAAAGUGCCCUCAAUGGGGAUGUCAGUGUCAGAAUUGGACCUUGGAGCAUUGGAAGAAGGUUGUCUGGCCUGAUGAAUUAUGUUUUCUUUCAGAUCAGGUGGAUGGAUGGCUGUGUGUGAGUUGUUUACCUGGGGCAGAGAAGUUAGCAGGAUGCAUUAUGGGAGGAACGCAAUCUAGUGGAGUCAGUGUUAUGCUCUGAGCAAUGUUCUUCUGGGAAACUCUGAAACCAAAUUCAUGUGGACGUUGCUUUGACACGUACCAUCUACCUAGAGACUGAUGCAGACAAUGUACACCCCCUUCAUGGCAGUGGCUUUUUUCAGCAGGAAAAUGUCAAAGUGACACAAUUAUUCAGGAAUGGUUUGAAGGACAUGACGAAAAGUUCAAGCUGUUGCCUUGGCCUCCAAAUUUUCUAAAUUUCUGUGGGAUGUCCUGGAACAUCAAAUCCAUUAUGUAUCGGCCCCGCCUCGUAACUUGCAGGACUUAAAGUAUCUUCUGCUAAUGUCUUGGUGCCAGAUAUCACAGGACAUGUUUAGAGGUCUUGUGAAGCCCAUUCCUAAAAACAUGAGAGCUGUUGUGUCAGCAUGAGAGGGACCUACAAAAUAUUAGGCAGGUGGUUUUAAUGUUGUGGCUGAUCAUACAGCGGCAAGAAAAAGUAUGUGAACUCUUUAGAAAUGACUGCAUUUAUGUAUAGGUUUGUCUUAAAAUCUGGUUUGAUGUUCAUGUAAGGUACAGUAAACAAACACAAUUUGUUUAAACUAAUAACACACAAAUUAUUGUAUUGUGCUUGUACAUAUUGACUAUAUCAUUUAAAUAUUCACAGUAUAGGUUGGAAAAAGUAUGUGAAGCCCUGGGCUAAUGAGGUCAACAAAAGCCAGUUAGAGUUUGAAAUUGACAAACCUGGUGCCCAAUUAUUGAAACAAGAUUUGAGGUGUGGGUUAGAGCUAUUUUGACUAAUAAAACACACUAAAACAGUUUCAGUUGGCUAUUCACAAAAAUAAUCUGUUGAUGUGAAACCAUGCCUUGCAAAAAGAGCUCUCAGAGACCCUGUUAUCAAGAAUAAUUGCACUGCAUAUAGCUGGAAGGACUUACAAUGUUAUCUUAAAGAGCCUUUAUAUUAAUCUGUCCACUGCUAGACAAAUUGUUUAUAAAUGGAUAGGAUUAAGUACUGUGGCUGUUCUCCAUAGCAGUAGCUGUUAAGAGCAUACUGCCCUAUAGUGACAGCUUAAGACUUAAUAGGAACUGGUGGGAUCUUUGAUCUGGACAACAUUGAACAGGCAUGGUGUCCAUGGUAGUGAACAUGGAAGAGCAGUCUCAAAUAUAGAAACAUAGAAUGUGACGGCAGAUAAGAACCAUUCGGCCCAUCUAGUCUGCCCAAUAUACAAAUUGUGCCGUUAUAGAAAAUUUGGCAUGUAACUUCAAUAUAGUAAAAUACAAAGGUUAAUAAUGUCACAAUUUACUUUAAUUGUAAUUUAAUUGAGGGAGGAGGAUUGAUAUUGGGAAAUUCAUUAAAGUGAACAAUCGCAUAGUGUUCUUCAACCAUUAACCAUAAAACAAAAUAAAUAAAAAAACACCAUUCCAUUCAUCACAUCUACAGUAAUAAAUAAUUCCUAUAUCCAAUAUGUCUGUGCUAGGUAUGUGAAAAGGACUUAUACUGCAUGGACUGGGCAGUGAAAAUGAUGCAGAAGAUAUGUAAAGUGUUUGGUACACGUGCCGAGAGGACCAACUUCUUGCAAAAUGUGGAGAAUGCAUUUGCCCGCAUUAUCAUAAAUAUGCUGCAUUCGGUGAUAUCUGGUAAAAUAUACAGUAAUCUUUUCAUAUGACUCUUGCACUUACACUGUGACUGCCCUAUGAGCCAAAAUUACAACACAGUGUGCAAAUUAUUGUCUGUAGUGUAACUAGUGUAACUGGAAUGCAUACAAAUGUAAAGCCCACAAUAGUCCUGGGUUAGCCAGGACAGUCCCAAAUUUCGGGUCCUGUUAAGUCCUGGGUUUAAUCUCUGGUGUCUACACACAUGCUGAUUAGAAUACUCUCAGGGUUUGGAGACUAUGUGUUAUGUUUUGAAAAAGUAUAUAUCUUUUAUUCGCAAAAAUGUCUGUUUCUGACAGGAUUUCUUUGCUAGCAAAAGUUACUUUAAACAGGCAGUGCUUCCACAAUAUUAAUAUUUAUUGUAAUUAGAACAAUGUUCAAACAGUGAGUUAUGAUCUUCACAACUAAAAUAAUUGGUCUACACUCAAUACUUCAUAAUGACAAAGCAAAUAAAAACAAACAGAUUUUUGACACUAUUGCAAAUAUAUUAAACAAAACGUAAACAUCAACAUCACAUUGACAUUCGUAUUCAGACUGCCAAAGGUGAUUUGUUGAGGCACCUUUGGCACCGAUUACAGCCUCAAGUCUUUUUGGGUAUGACACAACAGGCUUUGCAAACCAAUAUUUGGGUACUUUCUGACAUUCAUAUGAGCAGAUCCUCUCAAGUUGGUUGGUGACUGUCGGUGAGCAGCCAUUUUUCAGGUCUCUCCAGAGAUGUUUGAUUGGGUACACAAGAUCUUUGCAUUUAUUUAAAGGGACACUAUAGUCAUCCAGACCACUUCAGCUCAAUGAAAUGGUCUGGGUGCCAGGACCCUCAGGUUUUAACCCUUUAGAUGCAAACAUAGCAGUUUCAGAGAAACUGCUAUGUUUACAUUUAGGGUUAAGCCAGCCUCUAGUGGCUGUCUUUCGGACAGCCACUAGAGGCACAUCUGCGACACUGGAGGCAUAUUAUGCCUCUAUCGCGCAGAGUGUCCAUAGCAUGCGCAUUCGGCUCCGCUGACGUCGGCAGGGGAGGAGGUCACCAGCACCGAUGGAGCCCGGAGCUGGAUUAAGGUGAGUGGCUGAAGGUAUUUUAACCCCUUCAGCGCCACGAGAGGGGGACCCUGAGGGUGGGGGCAUUCUCAGGGCACUAUAGUGUCAGGAAAACCGCUUUGUUUUCCUGACACUAUAGUACUCCUUUAACUUGGAAGAGGAGUUUGUCACUUACAUCGUUUGUGUUUAUGACAGGACAGUUUCAUGGCUGUUUUUGUUACCUAAGGCUUACUCACACACACACAAACAUACACACACCAGGAGAGUGAGGUUUCUACAACCAAUAGCAUCACGUGAUCUUUCUAACAUAGCAUCUCCACUACACCAUGGGCAGCUUACUCGUCUUAUAAAAUUUCCUUUUGGAGGCAGGGUAGGCACCUUUAGCAGUCAGACACUGGUAGGUAGCCCCUGCUGCACUUACAUUUGAGAAACAUUUUAUAUUGCAAUGUGAAAGGAACUUUCACUAUAGUGUCAUGACAACAUGUAAAAUAUAAGCCCUUGUAGCUAAACCCUUGUAUUGCUCAGAUUAGUAGCAUAUAAACCCUUGUAUUGCUCAGAUUAGUAGCAUAUUACAACAUUGUGUGCACAUUUUGAUGUCUCUGCAUUACAGGGACUAAGCACCAAAAAAGGCUUUUGCUUAAAUAAGUAAUUUUGGUGUAUAGAUCAUGCCUCUGCAUUCUUACUGCUUAAUUCUGCUUAAUUCUCUGCCAUUUAGAAGUUUAAAAAAAUGUUUAUGUAGCCAUAGUUACGCCACCCAUGGAUGUGACGCACAAAACCUCCCUAAAAACGUCCUAAUAGAGAUCUAAUUUUUAAACUUGACUCAUAUAUUAGAUCUAAAAAUGAACCAGUAUUUCUUUAGCUGUGUAAGUCACAACCAGAAAAGGUGUGACUAGUGCCGCAAAAACAAAAUGAUUUAACGCUUCCAUGGCAUAGAACUGAGCAAUGACACCGCAGGGGCAUGAUCCCUUACGAAAUCCCUUUAAAUUAAAUAGUUUUUCCCCUCCCAUUAUCAACUGCUCUGUUUCCUGAAUUAAUUUAGCAGAAAAUAGCCAUGAGGUUUAGUCACUAAACAUUUCAUUCAAAACAAUAUUGCAAAAUUUCUAUUUAAUCCACCAGACUGUCCGUUAAGACUAAUGGUAGACUCAUAUGCUCUAUUGAUUUGAAGGUCAACAACCCUUAUUUACUGAUUUCUUUCAGUGAUGUCAUCAAGGAAGACAUCAUAAUAUAUAUAUUUUUCCUGUUGUGAGUACAUUUACAUAUAAGUAAGAUAAUCAAAGCACAAAUACACGAACUUCACAUUUUGCAAGCAGUUUUAGAUGGUAUAGUCAUAUAACAAACAGAUGAAAAUGUUUUUCACAGUCAACAGUAAAUUGUAGUGAAAUGAUAACUGAAUUGCAAAGCUCAGCCAAUCUUUGACUUCAUCUAAUGAAAACAUUUCCUAAUUUGGCAAAUGAGAUCUAAAGUUUAAAAUUAGGUUUUCAAUUCACUAAACCUUUACAUAUGUAAGUAUUUUACAGUGGAAAAUUAGCAGGGCCUGUCUGCAUGUUCUGUUCUCCUAUUGGGAUGCAAGUUAUAUGAGCCUUCUGUUGUUGUCCUGCAGGAGGGCGUGACGAAGAGGAUAGCAGUUUCUUGAACCUUUUCCAUUUGGUCAAUGCCCAGGCAAAUUUCCACAAGGAAAUCCUUUACCUUACCCUCAACAGCCCUUCUUUUUGA